AUGGGUUUUGGGGUAUCGGAAGGUCGAGGUGGCUUCAGACUCUCAAAUGGCAGUCCGACUUCUCCAAACUACAGAUUUCGCACAUCACCCACUAGGUGUCAUUCUUCAAGACUGUUACUCUCUCAUCCAUCGAAACUGGGAGUGUAUUUUGCAGCACACGUUCCGGGAGGCAAAUCAAGUUGCAGAUGCACUAGCAACAGCUGGUCAUGGUUACGAGAUGGGGGAAAUACUAUUGCCAUUCCCUCCAACGAACAUUGCUCCAUUGGUGAUUGGUGA